AUGGCGUUUAGUCGGCGGCUGAGAGCUCUGGGAAGCCUAAACCGCCUGAAGAGCAGCUUUGCGGCUCAAUCGGCUCCUCCCCCGAAGGCUCUGCGAGAGCUUCCGGAGCCUUUCAACGCAUCUUCCAUCAGCUCCCCGUCGCGACGACUCCUCUUUGCAGGCGGCCUGGCGGGAAGCCUGGCUCUGGGUUCCGGCGUCGUGCUUUGCAAGGAGAGAAAGGACAAGGCUGCGAAGAAGGAGAAGGAGCCUGAAGUGAAACAACUGGCACCAGGCUUCAAGGAAGGAGAGAAGGUCAUCGCCUUUGCGGACGUGCAGAAGCAUGAUUCCAUCGACAAAGGCAUCUGGGUGACAUAUCGUGACGGAGUCUACGACAUCACCAAGUUCGUGCAGAACCACCCAGGAGGGCUGGAACGAAUUCUCAAGGCAGCAGGGGGCCAGAUCGACCCCUUCUGGGCGAUGUAUGCUCAGCACAACGUUGCGAGCGUGAAGGACAUCUUGGGUGAGUACCGCAUAGGCCACCUGAGUGCGGAUGAGUAUGCAAACCUCCCGCCUCCCUUCGACCCCUACCAGACCGACCCGAAGCGGGACCCGGAGCUCGUCGUCCAAGCGGCAAAGCCCUUCAACGCAGAGACGCCUCUGAGGGUCCUGGCGGAGCAGGAAUAUCUGACCCCGACUGACAAGUUCUUCGUGCGGAAUCACCUUCCCGUCCCUUCGGGCUCCCUGAUCGACCCCUCCACUUAUGCUCUGGAGAUCGUGAAAGGCGAGGAGGAGGAUCCGGUGAAGCUCACCUUGAAGGACUUGCAGGACGAGACGCGCUUCAAGCGCAAGAAGAUCUGUGCGAUCAUUCAGUGCUCCGGCAAUCGCCGCGAGGAUCAGAACUCGGUGGCGCAGGUGGAGGGCCUGACGUGGUACACCGGUGCCAUCUCCUGUGCUGAGUGGGAGGGCGUGGCCCUGAAGGACGUCUUGGACUCCGUCGGAGUGCCAUCCACCCUGGGCAUGGAGAGUGAGCUCGAGGGGGAAGAUGACCAGCUUCAUCUCCAGAUGGAGGGAAUGGAUCGGCCGAAGGUGGGGGAAUGGCGAGACACGAAAGGCUUCUACGGGGCGAGCAUCCCCCUGGCCUGGGCGCAGGAUCCUCGCCGAGACGUGCUCCUGGCCUUCAAAAUGAACGGCGAGCCCAUCCCAGCUGAUCACGGCGCACCCCUCCGCUGCGUCGUGCCUGGUGUGGCCGGUGCACGCAGCGUGAAGUGGCUUUCCAAGUUGAUCGUGGCCGAGGAGGAGUCGCAGAGCCAUUGGCAGCAGAACGACUACAAGGCCUUCUGCUCCUCCAUUACUUGGGACACGGCGGACUUCUCCAGCCUUCCCGCUAUCCAGGACAUGCCCGUGAAUUCUGCGAUCUCCUGGCCACCGGCCAAGUCUCUUGUGGAGCUGACAUCCGAUGGCUGCGUUGAGAUGAAAGGCUGGGCCUGGAGCGGCGGCGGCCGGGGGAUUUCCCGCGUGGAGGUGUCGGCGGAUGGCCACAACUGGACGGGCGCUGAGCUGUCCCGCCCCCCCGGGCAGUCCCUGACCCGGACCUGGGCCUGGACCCAAUGGCAGGCGAACUUGCCGAUCCCCGAAGAGCUCCGGAAGCCAGGGAAGGGCGUGAAGCUCAUGGUAAAGGCUGCCGAUGCCCAGUACAACGUGCAGCCGGAGUCCAUCGAGUCUGUAUGGAACAUUCGAGGUGUGCUUUGCAAUGGCUGGCACCGUAUCCUCGUGACCAUCAAGCCGAAGGCCGUCAGCAGAACGCGCUUUGAGCACGGCUAUGCGAACUGA